GACGACCAAAAGAGGCCCAUAUCAAAUAACGAAAGCGUGGCUCACGCUAGCACAAACCUAAGUGGCAAGCGGCAAGGCAGCAACUGCCCGGCGGGCGGCGGCGAUGUCGGCGACUCGUGGCAGAAGCGGAGGAGGAGCCACCACAUCCGGCUGCGGCCUCAAGCGCCGCAACGCACCACAAGAUCAAGAGGAUAGUAAGAUGAUGAAUCAAGAUCAGCCUUCCACCGAAGAUUGGUGUGGGCGAUUUUGGAAUGGGAUGGAAUUGCUCAAGGACGUCACCGAAAAAAAGCAUUUCCUCCCUACUGGACUUGAAGGCAUUGACACACUACUUGGAGGUGGUCUGCGCCAAGGUCAGCUAACAGAGAUUACUGGACCGUCAUCUUCGGGUAAAACACAGGUCUGUCUACAUUGUGCUUCAAAUAUUGCAGCCAAGCAGAUGGGGGUGGUUAUGUACUUGGAUACUAGUAACUCCUUCUCUCCUAGUCGCGUUGCUACAAUAAUUUAUGGAAUCUCUGACCUAUUUGGUCAAAGAGGUUUUGAAUUGCAGCCAAAGGAUGCAAGGCUCAAGAGUGUCAUGAGAAGCAUCAUCUGUGAGUCUGUUUUUGAUAUAUUUGCUUUGUUUGAAGUACUACAUCAACUUGAAGUCUCUCUGCUUAAUGACAAGGUAAACAAUGGUGGUAGCAAAGUUUGUUUGCUUAUCAUUGACUCAAUAUCAUCCUUACUUGCUCCCAUCAUUGGAGGCAAGUAUCCACAAGGGCGGUCGAUGAUGAUAUCAGUGGCAGUGAUUCUAAAGAAGUUAGCAGAUGAGCAUAACCUAUCUGUUCUGGUAACCAAUCAUAUGGUUUCUGCUGGCAAUGGAGCUGUCAAGCCUGCUCUUGGAGAGAGCUGGAAAGCUGUUCCACAUGUCCGCCUGAUGUUGUCUCGUGAAUGUCAAAAUAAUAUCUGCACAGCAACUGUGCUGAAGCACACACUAAUGGCUUCUGGGCGUACUGCAAAAUUUGCGGCACCCAGCUGACCUUCCAGAGAUGAGGACCAUUAGCCAGAUGAUUGGUGGUUCCAGCCCCCGUCAUCCGUAGUUAACGCCUCCCUUUUUGGCUUUACAUGGUGUUCGUAUGUCCUGUCAAGUUGAGCAGCUUGUGUAUAUAUAUGUACUUGGUUGUCGGAGUAGACCUUUUCUUGCUUGUACUCCCUCCGUGCUAAAGUAAGUGUAGUUUGAGGAUUCAAAUUUGUCACAAAAUUUGUCCCAAAAUACAAAAUAGUGUAGUUCUCGCUUUCCAAUACAACUAUAUCUAUAUCUCUCUCCCUGCUCUAACCUUUCUGGUUUCAUGUGCACUCUACUUUUUUAUCUUUCCUUAAUUCUCGUACCCACUCCUAAAACUACACUUAUUUU